AUGACGGACGAACCGCAAGACAAAAUAGAAAAUAAAACUGGAAAGACCAACGAGAAGAAUCCAGUGACUUUCGAUAGCAUUUGGUAAAGAUACGCAACAGGCAAACAAUGCAAUAAGUAUUACUUACGCGAUAAUGAGUACGUGUAAAUGAGUUUUAAUAUCGAACGAAUUACGUGAAUUUCAGUAAAGAAGUUAUACUACGAGACAAAUUGUUUCGACGCAACUGGUCCAGAAAGUACGAACAUCUGUCGGGUGAUUUUUUUAAGAAGGUACCACGAACCAACCAGUAGGGAAACGCGCAGUAUCGAUAAUGCCCGCCACACGAAUUUUAAUGUUCCCCGGUGUCACUGACCGUAGGUGCUGGCCGAAGAAUGUAAAAAGGAGGGAUUUCCGGCGGACACUUUCCAAUACAAACCGUCGGAAGAUGCGAUUAAGCGUUCACCGAUUCUUCUGAAACCAUCGCCGUCCAUUCCCAGAACGACAUCCGGUAUGAUUGGCUUACGAUCAUCUCAUCCAGAAUACAAUCUCGAGUUUACAGGUCGUUGGCAUAUUUCGCCAAAACAAACGAUCGAACCACCCGUGGAACCUGAUGAAUUUCGUCUCAGGCAGCAAAGAUUCAUCUUCCUUGGUUAA